UUUAGAUUAAAUUUAAGAAUUGUCUAUCGAACUUCGCCAAAUGCCAGCGCUCUUAAAUGGCUAACACCUGAACAAACCUUAGGUAAAAAGUAUCCGUAUCUCUUUUCUCAAUGUCAACCUAUUCAUGCAAGAUCAAUUCUACCUUGUCAAGAUACACCGUCAGUUAAAUUUACUUAUAAAGCAGAAAUAUAUCACCCUGAAGAGCUCAACGUGUUGAUGGGAGCAAUUCGUGUAAGUAAUCAAAAUGGAUUCGCUGAAUUCGAACAAACAGUGCCAAUUCCUGCAUAUUUAUUAGCAAUUGCAAUUGGGAAUUUAGUUUGUCAAAAAAUAGGUCCUAUAUCAAAUGUGUGGGCUGAAGAAGGAAUAAUAAAAAAAUCUUUCAUUGUAUUUUCCGAAAUAUCAGAAUUUAUAAGUCUAGUUGAGGGUAUUUGUGGACCUUACUUAUGGAAACAAUAUGAUAUUUUGGUGAUGCCGCCAAGUUUUUCAAUUGACGGUGUAGAAAAUCCGUGUUUAGCCUUUGUUAAUUCAACAUUAAUAGAAGGUGAUACAUCUUUGAUAAAUGUUAUUGCUCACGGAAUUGCUCACAGCUGGACAGGAAAUUUAGUAACAAAUAAAAAUUUUGAGCAUUUGUGGUUGAAUAAAGGUUUUACUGCUUUUAUUGAAGAAAAGAUUAUUGGAUCUAUAAAAGGUGACAAAGAACGCGACCUUCUUUCAAUAAGAAACUUAUUUGAAUUAAAAAAAUGUAUUCGAUCUCAAUUAAAAUAUACUCCACAUUUGAAAAAGCUGAUAGUGGACCUUUCUAAUUCAAAACCAGAUGAUGCAUUUUCUUUGAUUCCGCAUGUCAAAGGUUCAAUAUUUUUAAGGUAUAUAGAAGAUAUGUUGGGAGGCCCAAGUAUUUUUGAACCAUUUAUGUGUUCUUUUUUUGAAAUUUUUAAAUAUACAUCCGUUUUAACUGGGGAUUUCAAGGCUUAUUUGUAUCAUUACUUCGGUGAGAAAAAUUUGGACGGUAAACUUGAUAAUAUUAAUUGGAAUUUGUGGUUACAUGGAGAAGGUAUGCCGCCUUCUCUACCAAAAUUAGACGAUUCUCUAGCAAUAGUUUCAUUAAAUCUUUCUGAGUUAUGGAGUUUAAACAAUUAUGAUAUAAAACUUUCCCUACAAUCGCUAGAAAAAAUAACAUCGGAACAAUUAAUUUUUUUUCUAGAACAGUUGAUAAACCGCUCUGAAAUAGUAGAAUUGAAUGAAGAAAAAAUUCUUUUAUUGGAACGCAAGUACAAUUUAACAUCUAAUAGAAACUCCGAGGCAAAAUUCAGGUUUUUGCGCUUAUGCAUUCGUGCAAAAUUAAUGGAUCGCAUGGGUGAAAUAAUUGCUUUUGCUAAUAGCAAUUUCAGGAUGAAGUUUGUUCGUCCAAUUUAUCGGGACUUAGCAAAUUGGCCCGAAGCUAAACCUAUUGCUAUUGCAAAUUUCAACCGUGUUAAGGAUCAAAUGAUGACAGAUUGUUCAAAACAAAUUGCCAAAGACUUAGGUCUUACUUACAAUGAUUCAACAAUUUGGUGUGAAGUUGAUCCUAUUAAUGUUCAAAUGACGGCUGUUUGCUCAACACUAGUUGAUCAAAAUUCUGGCCUUAAUUGAACGAAAAAAUUGCGAAUAUUUUGUAUUAGACAUGAGUUUAAUAAUGACGUUUUUCUAAAGAGUAAAAUACUAAAGAGAAUGUAUGACAAUAUUUCACAGAUUGUUAAAAAAAAUUUGAUAAGUACAUAUGUUUUACAGAAAAAAUUAAAUAGAAAUUAAAUAUUAUUGUUUUGAAUUGUUUUUUAUUACAAA